UGCACUCCCACAUCGCGCACAGGCUUGGACCUAUCCGCUACAUCUCUAGAGCACCCAGCGCAGGUCGACCCAUUCCGCAAAUCCCAAAUCGCAACAUCCUCGCGCAUUGACAAUGGCGGACGCUUCCGCGCAACCCAAGCCAAGCAGCAGCGUCAAGCUUGUGCUGCUAGGUGAGGCAGCUGUUGGAAAGUCUUCUCUCGUUAUGCGCUUUGUCAACAACGACUUUCAAGAAAACAAAGAGCCAACCAUUGGAGCUGCCUUCCUCACCCAGAAGUGUAACCUGCCAAACCGCACCAUCAAGUUUGAGAUCUGGGAUACCGCCGGCCAAGAACGCUUCGCUUCGCUCGCGCCCAUGUACUACCGCAAUGCGCAAGCCGCCCUUGUUGUAUACGAUAUCACAAAGCCCUCUUCCCUCACAAAAGCCCAACACUGGGUCGCCGAACUGCACCGCCAAGCCUCGCCUGGCAUCGUCAUUGCGCUCGUAGGGAACAAGUUCGAUCUCGCCACCGCGAGCGACGAGGGUACCCCAGAAGAUGCAGAUGCUACGCCUGCAGCCGAGGGAGAGGAGGAGCAGGCAGAAGAGAGCCAGGACUCUAGACGAGUACCCAGCAAGACAGCCAAGGCAUAUGCAGAUGAAGAGAGUUUACUGUUCUUCGAAACGAGUGCAAAGACUGGCCAUAACGUUGCCGAGGUAUUCACGGCUAUUGCAAACGCCAUCCCAGAGGCAAGCCUCAAGGGCCCGCGUGGUGUCGGCGGCCAGACAAACCUGGCCAGGCAAGAUGCCGACCGUGUGAACCUAGGCAGUGCGCAGCCAGAGGGUGCCAAAGAGGGCUGCGCAUGCUAGUAUGGCAUUGAGCCUUGGUACCUUGAUUGCAUAGUAAUGGGCGGAACCACUGAAGACCUAAAUUGCUUCAAGUGUAUCUCGCAGAUUUAUGAUGACUGGUUUUCUUUACUCCCAGCAGGCGUUGGAUGGAUAGCAUGAUACUACUUUGCUAAUCAAUACCACUAUUUAACGACGC